AUGGAUCCAACACUUUUGAUCAACGACAUCGUCGAGCACGAUACUUCAACAAAGAAACCCGUUGAGUUUAACGACCUACCUAUAUCCUCUACGGGCUUCCCACAACAUAAAAGAAGAUGGAAGACCUCCGCUUUCAAGCAGAAGCGCGCCGAGGCAGCCGGAGCAACAGCGCCUGCCGAACAACCUAAGACCGCAGAGACGCCUCAAGCUUCGUCUUCAGAUGUGGAUUUUAAGGCUGUUGAGAGACAACGCAUAGACCAGGAGAACCAGCAGAAGAUUGCAAAUAUGACCCCUGCCGAGAUCGCUCAGGCCCAAGAAGAUAUCAUGAAUGGCUUGAACCCAGCUCUCAUUCAAAGGUUGCUAUCGCGAGCCAAUAUAGAAGAGCAGUCUGGUCCCUCGCCUUUCGAUGCACCAAAACAAGAGAAACAAGAAGAAACGCCAGACCCUCCGCCUACGAUUAAAAUCGAAGAUACUGCCGAGAACGAAGCACUGAAGAGUACGCCAGUGACACCACAAGCUCACAAAGUCUCAAUAGAAUCGAUAUCGCAAAGUAGCCCCUCAGUUUCGCAAGUGCCUUCAUCAAGAAAGAUCCCGGAUCACUAUGACGAGGACAAGGCUCCGGCACAAAUACCACCCGAUCUAUUCCCUAUCACCGACCAACCCAAGUCGGUUCACUUUCCUGUACCGCCAGCUUUGGCCGAUCUCGACCCUUCCGAUCCGAAUUUCUUAGAAUCGCUACACAAGAAAUACUUUCCCAAUCUACCGGCCGACCCUAGCAAGCUCGCAUGGAUGGCACCUAUCCCUACCGAGGGCAGUCCAGCUGACAAAGACUCUUCAUACUAUCCGCACCCCGAGAUCGCUGUCAACGCUCUGCGCUUCGACUUCCAGGGCCGAUUCUUAUCACCAAGGGUCAGCCGAUCCAUACCUUCUUCGAAGGGGUUGCACCACCAUGGCGACGCCCCAGAGGCUGCAGGAUACACAGUUGCGGAGUUAGCUCAUCUUGCCAGAAGUGCUGUUCCUGCGCAAAGAUGUAUGGCUUUCCAAACGCUGGGAAGAAUUCUCUACCGUCUCGGACUCGGCGAGUGGGGUAAGAGUGAGGAUGACCCCAUAGCUAUGGGAAUCUGGGCAGCUGUCAAGAAGGGAAGGGUUCUCGAUAGCUUGACUGAGGCUGCUAUGACCGAGGGCGGCCAUCGAGGAAGUCGAGUCUACGCUACUGAGGCCUUAUGGCUAUUUGAGAAGGGUGGUUGGAAGGAGAAAUUCAAGGGCAGGUGA